CCAUCUCCCACCGUCUCUUCCCCGAACAGCACCAUCUCCAGCAUCAGCGGCAAGCGCAGCGAGCGCGAAGCCACCGACGACGGCGAGAGGGCUUCCUCCCGCGGCGGCAUCAGCGACGAAGAGGACGCCGAGAACGCCAGGAAGAAGCUCCGCCUCUCCAAGGAUCAAUCCGCCAUUCUCGAGGAAAGCUUCAAAGAGCACAACACACUCAAUCCAAAGCAAAAAAAAAUGGAUUUGGCAAAGAGAUUGGGGCUGAGGCCUAUGCAGGUUGAAGUCUGGUUCCAAAACAGGAGAGCAAGGACAAAAUUAAAGCAAACAGAGGUAGACUGUGAGUUUCUAAAGAGAUGUUGCGAGAAUUUGACAGAGGAAAACAGAAGGCUGCAAAAGGAGGUUCAAGAGCUGCGUGCGCCUAAGCUAUCUCCGCAGCUCUACAUGCAAAUGACACCUCCAACAACGCUCACUAUGUGCCCUUCCUGUGAGAAAGUGGCGCUGCCGUCCACCGCCACCGCGCUUCAAGCCCGUUCCAGUAGCUGCCGCGCCCGCUAAAAGAAGCCAACGACU